CACACGAUAUCAUUACGUUAUACACAGGCACCUGUUUCUAAGUCUGCAAACUGGAUAUUUGGAACAAAUUAAUGGAAACUGGUCAUGUGACAUCAAUGGCUUACCCAGUGUACUAAACAAGUUUGAAACCAUGUCAAGAGAAAAACAAACUGACUGCAAAUCUGAUCCAUCUUGUCCAUCUGAAAACCCAACUGAUGAAAACUUUUUUCAUGGUUGUACACAAUCCGACAACUUAGAAGGAUGUUUGUAUAAUGAAAGGACAGCUAUCGGCCAAUCAGAUGGAUGCUUACAUGAUGAGAGGACAUGUACACAUAUUGACCAAUCCGAAGAACAUUCUCAUGAAGAAAGGUUUUCUAAUCCAUGUAAAAGGAAAAGAGUGCCAUCAACAGAAUAUUUAGAUGCCAUUGAUAAGACUCAUGGCUUCUGUAACUAUUUUGAGUCACUUCCAAAAACAGAAAAGGCAAAUAGCCACACUACUCGUGCAAAUUUCAUUGUAAAUGGCCCUGUAUCCCCUAGGGCAGAAAGAUCCAGUCCCAUUCAAGGUUCAAUAUGUGCAGAACAAUCAGCAUUGGUUCAAGGGUCAUCAAGUUCAGAAAGGUCAGCAAUGGUUCAAGGGUCAUCAAGUUCAGAAAGGUCAGCAUGGAUUCAAGGAUCAUCAAGUUCAGAAAGGUCUGUCUUGGGUUCAAGGGCCAUCAAAUUUGGAAAGGUUGCCAUGGGUUCAAGGGUCAUCUAGGACAGAAAUAUCCAUUAAAAACUCCACCAUUGAUUCUAAUAAUGAAGUCUGUGAUACCAGGACAGAGUGCGAUAUGUCACAUGAAUGUGUUUCUAGUCAAUAUUCCUCACCAGAAGAUAAUGAGACUGGGGAGGACUUACGCUCAUUUUCAUCAUUUAGUGAAUUGCAGCCCAAUACAAUUCAUUCCUCAAAUCAAAGUGCUUAUAAAGACAAAGUUGCAUCAACAGCUUCUGGCUUGGAUCAGAACAAUAUUCAGCCUACUACAGACUCUUGUUAUCAGUCAGCCUCAGAAUCAUCUUCAUCCUCAAACUCAUCAGUAAGGAAACCUUUCUCCAUAUCAGCUGCUACAGCUUCGUCAUCAUCUGGAAAAAAAUUUAACUUUAGUUCUAAUAAUAUUUCCUCAACAGAAGCAGACGUAUCUUCAUCUUCAUCACCAUCAUCAUCAUCAUCACAAAUUCAAAAUGUCAGGAUACCUAUACCGAAUCCAGUGCAGGAAUUUCAAGGCAUCAUCGUUAACACUUACAGUUGUAAAACUCCUUUGAAAAAGGAAAAUAUAAAAACAUGUAAUGAUGGCUGUGCAACAGAUUUAAAGUUCAGUAUCAAUAUUCCAUCUUAUUUAUUGAUCCAGAUUUUCCAGCAUCUGUCAAUGUACGAACUACUUCAUAAUGUUUCUAGUGUCUGUAAGUUAUGGUAUAACAUUUCUCAUGACCCUGACCUCUGGCGGGUCAUUGACCUUCAGAAUCAGCUCAAGGUCACUGAUGUAGUUAUCACCAACUUGACCUCCUAUAGUGACCGAGUGAUCUACUUGAAUAUUUCUGACAUCACCACAAUUUCUGAAGAUUGUCUUGUGAAAACCGUGACGAACUGCCAGCAUUUGAAAACUCUGAAACUCUCAAGGUGUAUAUCCGUGACAACAGACCGGUUGCUCACAGCGAUUGGGGGACAUUGUCAUAAUCUUCGUGACAUCCACAUGGAACUUUGCUUCAGGAUCACAGACAAAGGUCUUGAGGAUUUGGCUGUUGGCUGUCCAAAACUUGAGAGUGUCCAUAUCAGUCAAUGUCAGAAUGUGGGUAAUAAGGGAUUGGCCCAACUAGCAGAGCAUUGUCCACUACUGGACAGUAUUUCUGUAGACAGCUGUGCAAAGAUCCGGGACGAAGGCAUCAUCGCGUUGGCCAAUGGUUGUUCUGAGAUCCGGAUUAUCAAUCUACAUAGUUGCAGUAUAGGGGACAUGGGAGCUUAUCAGCUGAAGAAUCUGAAGUUUUUACAGACCCUGGACCUGUCAGGAUCUAAUGAGCUAAGUUUGCAGACAGUGUCUGUGAUCACACAAAACUGCACAAAACUUGAAUGUUUGAAUCUUUCACUGAAGCGAAAUGUGGAUGAUGGAUAUAUUGAGAUGGUGGCCAGACAUUGUACUCAGCUGAGAAAACUCUAUUGUGUGUCAUGUACGAUAACGGACACAGGCCUGGAAUUCCUUGGAAGAUACAGUCAGAGGUUAGAACAUCUGGAUAUUGGGUGGUGUCACGCUGUCACAGACGCUGGUGUCCAAUUUGUCUCUGAAAACUGUCCAGCUUUACGAUACAUCGGUCUCAUCCGAUGCGAUCAAGUCACAGCUGAAGGGAUUGAGGACCUCUUGGACAAAUAUCCGCGCAUCACAUAUUCUACGUUCAUCCUGGAGUCAAGAAAAAUUAUCGAAAUGGCCAGGAUGCAAGGCUUCCAGUUUCCUGCUAACAAUGAUGAUGGGAAACCAAGCGUUGUCUUUUGGGACAAUGCUUCCUAGUCAGAUUGUUAGACAUAUCUUCUACAAGGACCUUUUAGGGACAGGAAGGGGAAGUGUGAAUUUGAUGCAAAAAAUGACUUAACAUUUAAAGACAGAACAUAAAGUGAUCAAGUGAACACAGAUUUUAUUAGGUCAACAAAGACCAAGUCUCAAGUGACCUAUUGCAAUCACAUUUGUUUGUCCUCAUCUGUCAACAGUCUGUCUUCUCAAAAAUACUUUGCAAAAUUGUGAAUUAUGUGGUCCCCACUCCCAGGGGCCCUAGAGAUGGAAAAAAAAGGGUCAACUAGCCUGAAUAGAAAUUUUUAGUGUACAUGGAGGUAUAAUGGAAAAUGAAAUGAGAAAUUUGAUACAACGUGACUUAAACUUGUAGGGGUAGGAAAGUGUGG